AUGACGCUGCUCCUCUCUGGGCUCGUCGUGCUCCUGCUGGGCUCGAACCUCUAUCUCAGCCUUCCGUAUGCCUUCUCCGGCUCCGGCUGCGACCCACCCCGGGUGCCCCAGUAUUUCCAGACUUCGCCGCAGUUAUGGCCCGGCGCUACGGCUACCGGUAAGCCGGCUUUUAUGGCUCAAACUCACGUCUUUGAGCCUACGGCUACCUUUGUCCCCAACGAGCCCCUUCAGACCUCCAUCCCCAUCGAGGGCAUGAAGGAGGGCAACCAGAGCAUCUUCAAGAUGAUGGGUUAUCUGAGCCCUUACUCGCCCUCACCCGGCUUUGGUGUGGAUGAGUACCCUAUCCCCCAGGGUGCCGAGAUUGUUCAGGUUCAGAUGCUGUCGCGUCAUGGUGCACGAUACCCAACUCCUGGCUCCAAUGUGGCCGAGCUGGGUGAGCGUCUCGCCAAUGCCUCUGGCAAGUUCAACACAAGGGGAGCUUUGUCCUUCCUUAAUGACUGGAAAUAUGAACUUGGCUACGCCAUUCUGGUUCCAAGGGGCCGCCAGGAGCUCUUCGAGUCUGGUGUGUUGCAUGCAUACAUGUAUGGCAGCUUGUACAACCCCCAGAGCAAGCUCAUCGUCAGAACGACAACCCAAGACCGAAUGCUCAAGUCGGCUGAGAACUGGAUGGCUGGCUUCUUCGGCCUGGAAUGGACGAAUAAUGCUACCAUUGAGGUAAUCAUCGAGGCCCCCGGCUUCAACAACUCACUUGCCGGUGGCCUCGGUUGCCCCAACGCAGCCAAGGCUGACUACAAGUCGCCCGUGUCAACCUGGGUUGAAAAGUAUCUGCAAGAUGCUACCGACCGGUUCAACAACAUGACUGAGGGACUCAAAUGGACCCCCGCGGAUGUGUAUGCUGCUCAGACCAUGUGUCCUUAUGAGACGGUUGCGUAUGGUUUCAGCAUGUUCUGCGACCUGUUUACCUAUGAGGAGUGGCAGGGCUUUGGGUAUUCGGUUGACCUCGCCUUUGCCUCUGGCGCCGGGUUUCACAGCCCAGUGGGCCGGGCGAUUGGCCUCGGCUAUCAACAAGAGGUGAUUGCGCGACUCAAGAACCACACGCUGGGCUACUCUGGCUCUCAGAUCAACACGACACUUGACAGCAUGGAAGAAACCUUCCCGUUGAACCAAAGUCUCUACUUUGACUUUUCUCACGACACCAACAUUGUCUCCAUCCUGACUGCCUUUGGCUUUCGCCAGUUUGCCGACAAGCUCCCAGCCGAUGAGUAUCCGGGAGACCACAACUUCACGGUGGCUCACGUAACUCCGUUUGGUGCCCGUCUGGACAUUGAGAUUAUCAAGGCACCCAAGCCUGUCUCACCAGACAGGACUGGUUAUCUGGAGGGAGAGGAGACCAAGUACAUCCAUUUUGUGCUGAACCAGCGGACUCUUCCUUUGGGCAAGAGCUUCCCAGAAUGUGACGCCGACCGCAAGGACGGCUGGUGCGAGUUGGAGACGUUCCUCAAGGUGCAGGAAGAAAUGGUGGACAAGGCCAAGUUUGAGUAUGCUUGCUUUGGGGACUACCCGACAUUACCUUACGGCCAAGUGACGGACGGUGUGCCCCCAUCCUGA